AUGGGAUAUAUGCCAGAUUACGUGGUGUAUCAUGAACUGAUCAUGACAGUGAAGGAGUACAUGCAGUGCGUUACUUCCGUUGAAGCAGCAUGGUUGGCGGAACUUGGCCCAAUGUUUUAUUCAUUGAAAGAAGCUGGUUCAACUCGAAUCGAAAAAAGACUGCAGAGCAUACGCAAAGCUCGUAACAUGGAAGAAGAGCUGAAGCAGGCAAGCAGUGAACUGAGUGGAAUCGAGCGAACAGCGCGUUCGCCAGCAGGAUCCACUCGAAUAGCGGAACCUGGAAAAGUGCCCGCUUCCGUGAGAUCUUCGGCAAGAUUCGGCAUGUAG